AUGACUGAGAGCGAACAUAUUGUCAACGGGCUAUCGUUAACUGUGGAUGAACAACAAACUGUAACUAAUCUUCGCAAGAGGACAUUACUGUUAUGGAUUACAAUAACUCAACAAAAACGACAAACGUUGGCCAAGUUAUAUGAGAAUACGAGUCUAAAAGGUCAACUGACGGCAACGGAUGUCAUGGAAACGAAGUUCAGUUUUGAUGAUUGGGAAUCUCCAAUGGGGACAUAUGAUCACGUGGUGAUUAGAGGAACUGAUGUCCAAUACUUGGAUAUUGAAAUGAACUAG